AUGUCAGAUCGAUUGACUCGGAUUGCGAUCGUGAACGCUGACCGGUGCAAGCCCAAGAAGUGUCGCCAAGAGUGCAAGAGGAGCUGUCCUGUUGUCAAGACUGGGAAACUUUGUAUCGAGGUGUCUCCUACAUCCAAGGUUGCUUUCUUAUCAGAGGAGCUGUGUAUUGGAUGUGAAGUGCCGUUUGAUGCAAUUCAGAUUGUGAAUCUUCCAAAGGACUUGGAGAAAGACACAAUCCACCGUUAUGGGGAAAACUCCUUCAAAUUGCACAGGCUUCCAGUUCCAAGGCCAGGGCAAGUCCUAGGUCUGGUUGGAACAAACGGCAUUGGGAAGUCUACUGCUCUCAAAAUCCUGGCCAACAAACUCAAACCAAAUCUUGGCAGAUUCAAGAAUCCUCCGGACUGGCAUGAGAUUUUGAAUCACUUCCGCGGGUCAGAACUUCAAAGCUAUUUCACCCGACUCGUUGAAGAGAAACUAACGGCUGUUGUGAAGCCACAGCAUGUGGACCAGAUAAAAAAAGUUGCUCCAGGUAAGAUUGGGGAGACGCUUGAGAAGCUGGACGAGAGAGGAAUGCUGGCGGAGAUUUCUGCUGAUAUGGACUUGACCAAUAUCCUGGAGCGUGAUGCAAAAACUUUAUCUGGUGGAGAGCUGCAGAGGUUUGCGAUUGCUGCUGUUUUCCUGAGGAAGGCAGUGAUAUACGUGUUUGAUGAGCCAUCCAGUUACCUUGAUGUGAGGCAGAGACUCAAAUCUGCUCAAGUUAUACGCUCACUCCUAAGGCCUGACAGCUACGUGAUUGUGGUGGAGCAUGAUCUCAGUGUCCUUGACUAUUUGUCUGAUUUCGUUUGCUGUUUGUAUGGCAAACCGACGGCAUAUGGUGUGGUGACUCUCCCCUUUUCUGUGAGAGAAGGAAUCAAUAUCUUCUUGGCUGGUUUUAUCCCCACAGAAAACUUGCGUUUCAGGGAUGAAUCUCUGACCUUCAGGGUAUCUGAUACUCCGAUAGAGAAUGAUGGGGAACAUCAGGCCUAUGCACGAUACAACUACCCAAACAUGAGUAAGACACUUGGUGAUUUCAAGCUGGAAGUGAUGGCAGGAGAGUUCACAGACUCUCAGAUCAUCGUAAUGCUCGGAGAGAAUGGUACAGGGAAAACCACCUUCAUCCGCAUGCUGGCAGGCGCAUUUCCAGAUGAUGGAAACGGUAUCCCAAGGUUCAAUGUGUCGUACAAACCGCAAGGGAUUGAUUCGGAGCGCGAGUGUACGGUGAGACAGAGGCUGCAUGACAAGAUCCGUGAUGCAUAUGUGCAUCCCCAGUUUAUGUCCGAUGUAGUGAGACCUCUCCAGAUUGAGGAGCUGUUGGAUCAACAGAUAUGCAAGCUCUCAGGUGGAGAGAAGCAGAGGGUUGCAAUAACUCUAUGCCUUGGGACGCCUGCAGACAUCUAUCUCAUUGACGAGCCAAGUGCUCAUCUUGACUCACAGCAGAGGAUCACAGCUUCGAAGGUGAUCAAGCGGUUCAUCUUGCACGCUAAGAAGACGGCGUUCAUCGUGGAGCACGACUUCAUCAUGGCGACCUAUCUCGCUGACCGAGUCAUCGUGUACGAAGGACAGCCUGCGGUCAGUUGCGUUGCUAAUUCUCCGCAGUCGCUGCUCACCGGAAUGAAUCUCUUCUUAUCGCACCUGAACAUCACAUUCAGACGUGAUCCGACUAACUUCAGGCCAAGGAUCAACAAAUUGGAGUCGCUCAAGGACAGAGAGCAGAAGACUGCUGGCACGUACUACUACUUAGGCGACUGA